AUGUCUGGAAGCCAGAAGAAGGGCGAGAGCUCCACCGCGGCGUCGGGUUCCACAGAGGCUGGAACGGCGCAGCCCAAGAAGUCCAAAAAGACCAAGAAAACGAGUGAAAGUGCCAUUGCCAAGAUGUACUCACCCUUACUGAAUACACUCUUCGGGCAGGAGCGGCAGCUGGUUCCAGAAGAGCUGGACGAGCUGAGCGAGGCCUUCAAGGAGUUUGACUACGACCAGGAUGGGUACCUCAACUACAAGGAUGUGGCUGACUGUAUGAGGACCAUGGGAUACAUGCCUACGGAGAUGGAGCUCAUCGAGAUCAUUCAGCAGAUCAAGAUGAGACUGGGCGGUCUAAUCGACUUUGAUGACUUCUGUGAGCUCAUGGGGCCCAGGAUGAUGGAGGAGACAGCCCACAUGAUUACGGUCAAAGAGCUCCAGUGUGCCUUCAAGCAGUUUGACCACGACGGCGACGGACUCGUCACCUACGACGAACUGAAGGAUGCCAUGAAGUCCCUCCUGGGAGAGAAGCUGAAGAAGGGCGAGCUGGAUGAGAUCCUUAAAGAAAUUGACCUGAAUGGAGACGGACACGUGGAUUUUGACGAGUUUGUCAUGAUGCUGUCACGGUAA